UCCAUAAUUAGAAAGGCCAAUACUACCAAUGAAGACCGAGUCACAAUCUAUAUAUAUAUAAUUUUUUUUUUUAAAUCUAAAUUCGCAUGGGAACUACCUAUUUGGAAUUCACCUGGGGAUCAGCCAAUUGUUAGCAUAUCCAAAAAUGUCUCUCCGUUAUCCUCCCCACAUUUUCUUUGCUUCCUUGCUUUCACGCACGUAUAAAAAAGCUUCCAUCGCUAACAUCAUUGUAAUCUUAAUAUCCAGUUUAUACAAAGCAAAUGAGCCAACAACAGCAACCAAGGCCUCAAGAAUCCCUUGAUGGAGAUGUCGUUUCUCUCCAUGGGAAUCUUGCUGAGAAGACAAAAGAUGCGGCGACGGUGUCGGUAGAAAAUGAAGCAGUGACGGGGCAGACCCAGAAGAGCGGUGCGCCGACGGCUGAGGGUGAACAGGGCUUGAACGUCGCAGUCGCAGAAACUGGUUCGCCUGCAAGGCGUAUGGUCGCGGAAUCAAUCGCUGGACAGAUGGCUGGGCAAAUAAGCCAAAGAGUGCCAAUCCAGCCGAUGACAGCACCAGCCACAUUUCAACAUGGAGGUAGUUCGGGUGGUGGGAUAACCAUUGGGGAAGCACUUGAAGCCACUGCACUAACAGCUGGACAGAAAAUUGUUGAAUGGAGUGACGCGGCGGCAAUUCAAGCAGCGGAAGUAAGAGCCACAGGUCGCACCACCAUUACUCCUGGGGGUGUGGCCGCUGCUGCACAAUCAGCAGCAACCCUCAAUGCCAGGACUUUAAGAGAUGAGGACAAGAAAAAACUAGCAGAUAUUCUUACGGAUGCGACUUCGAAGUUGCCGGCGGAUAGGCCGGCGACGAGGAAAGAUGCAGAAGGGGUGACAGGUGCAGAAAUGAGGAAUGAUCCAUUCCUCACUACACAUCCUGCGGGUGUGUCUGCUUCUAUAGCUGCUGCUGCCCGGCUCAACCAGCAGAAUAGUUUUAAAUAAUGAAGCACCUUAAUUCAGGUUGCUUUUUCAUUUUUUUUCUUAUCCUUUUUUUUAAUAUAAUUUUUAAGCCCACAAAUACCAUACCUAUGCCAAAUAUCAAUUCCUCUGGAGACCAGUGAAAAGCAUUAAGCUCAGUUUUCAACCCGAGGGUAGAAGCCAACCAGUCUGCACAUUUCCUUUUUAUUUUAGCCUCCCUAUAUAUAUGUAAUUUUUUUUUUUUUUGG